GACAGCAGAGAAGGAACCCCCGGUUUUCACACCAGGACAGCACCCAGCCCCGGGUUCUGCGAAGGGACGGCUCCCUGGGGUGGACGCUCCCUGCAGACCCCAGGCGGAGCGCGAGUCCCCCCAGCCCCCAGGGAGCAGACUUCCCGGAGGGCUCCUGCCCCCUGCGCUGCACGUGGCCCCACUUGAGGCAGUCAGUGACUCAGCACUUUCUCUUCCUGGAAACUGAGGCUCAUGGGAGAUAUGUAGAUGAGCCCAGGGCAUCAUGGGAAACGGUCUUAUAUAUACCCAAGCAGCUGCGGCUCCCCCUUUCCCUGGUGCCCGCGGGAGCUGAGGCGUCAGUGCGGCUACCAGAGCCAAAGGCCAUUGGAGAAGCUGAAGAAAUUUCCAGAAGUUCAGACUUCCCCACCUCUGCAGAUCCCCACUGAGCUGGACCCAGUACAUCCACCCCCACCCCAAGUGCCUGGACAAAAAGCCCUUUUCUCUGCUUCCUCCUUAUUCUCUGCUUUUCCUUCUUGCUCCCCAUCCCUCUCCGCCCUAUCCCCAGCAUCUCACUGGCCCCAGCCCUGUGGCCAGACUUCUAGCACCCCCUAGCAAGCCCUGCUCUUGCCGUCCACCCCGCUAGGAGGAGGCGACGGCCUGGCCAUGUGCCCCCCAGUCAGCGUGCGAUAUUGGCAGCAGGGCAUGUCCUACCUCUACGCUGCCUGGCUGUAUGACCUCCAACAUGGAAACCCACUCAAGCUGUGCUUUGCUUGCUUCAAGGAAGCCUAUCUGGACUUUAAAGACUUGCUGGAUUUGGAAGACUGGGAAGAUGAGGACUCGGACUCUGAGCUGAUGGAGGACACUGAGGCAGGGGCUGAGCAGGAGGGGGCCUCAGGGACGGGGCCAAGCUGGGAGCAGGGCCCAGGACAGUCUGUGUCAGGGGACUCUCAGGCUGGGGGGCAGGGUACCCUGGCAUCAGGCCCACAGGUGGCAGAAGAGGCCGCCCUGAACGAUCACUGGGGGUCACUUAUUCCCGUGGAUGCUGACUGGACCCAGGCCCUUCCCUGGAGAUUUGGCCAACUUGCUGCCUGCACACACUGGCCCAGCUGCAUUCCUUCAUGGCACCAGUUUCUCAGUGCGAAGCUGUCUCCAGGGGAGCCCAUGGUGUUGGAGGUGAGACCCAGGUGCAAAGCAGACCCUGCGAAGACUGAGGCCUGGUUACUGGGCCUGAAGGUUUUCUCAAUGAUAGGCUGCUGCUAUGCUGCCGCCUACCUCCGGAAGAUGACUCCACGCAGGGUCCUGUGGACCCCGGAACAGCACUGGAAAGUGUUCCUGGACCCUAAGGACGUGUGGACGGUAAGACUCGAAGAUAUAUCCCCAGAGCUAGACCUGGACCGGUGGAAGCUGAGCUUUCUGGAUACCUCUGUACGCAAUGUAUGGCUGAUUCCCGCAGAAACAGCCCUGAUCCGGAAGGAAAUGACCAUGGUCUCCUUUUUACCCUGGAACAAAAGGGAGACAGAGGACAAGGACGCAGCCUCUGAGCCUCAGUCCUCCACCCAAGGACAGGAACCCAGCACCACCGAGACCUGGAGCAGUGAGCCCAGGGGGGCAGGAGCAAGCCCGGCUGUUGGGGGAGCUUCCGCUAUGGGGGAGCUGUCCUGUUUCCAACCUCUCAAUCCAGGGCCCCAGAACUGAGGGACAAAGACCCAGGUGACCACCUUUGUCCUGGCUACCCCAGGACACUGAUGUCUAGGACAGACUGGCAACUACUCCGCCACUACAGCCAGCGGAGCAAUUGGCAACAGAUGGGGACCUCUGCUUGUGUAGGAAAUACUGAGCUCUGGGCCCUCCGUAGCCUGAGAGGGAAGUGACACCAAUGCCCAUUACUGUGGGAUAGGUUCUUACCAGAUGACUGUCACAUCAUUGGGGACAUGACAGUGACCUGGACAUGCUGGUGUGGCUGGUUCCUGUGCUGCAUCACAGUGGGGAACGGGAGACAGGACCCUGCACCAGCCCCGCCCUAGCCACACAGAGGGGAGCCCCUUAUGGAACACUCACUUCCUGGAACAUUCCAGACUCUCCGGAGCGGCCCAGAUGUGUGCCCAGCUUUGCCUACAUCCUCUCUGGGGUGCCACGAGGCCCUGUCAUCGGCACUGGAGACAGUAGCCUGCAUCGGGAAAAGCUGUUUUCAAAUGUUGGCCA